AUGAGAGAUAUUUACUCUGAAACUGAAGUUUACCACACUUUGGAUGUAGUGGGAAAGGGCACCUUCGGAAAAGUAUCAAAAUGCUGGAGAGGGAGUGACGGAGAAUUAGUGGCGGUAAAAAUGAUGAAAAUUGAUGUUCUCCGAAAUCAGAUCAUAAAAAAUGAAUUAAAACUUACGGGUGCUCUUUCACGGACUAAUAUUAAGGCAAGUCACAUAGUUCAAUUUCACGAAGCCUUUCGUGACCAAACUCAUCAUUACCUAGUCUUUGAACUAUUGGAGAAGAACUUGUACCAGCUUCUGAAAGAGAACGGUUUCAUGCCGAUGGCAAUCCGCAACAUCCGAACUAUCACGUGUCAGAUAAUUAAAGCCCUAGUAAAGCUGAAGGAACUGGCAAUCAUACAUGCAGACCUGAAACCAGAAAAUGUAAUGGUGGUGGAUCAUUGUCGCCAUCCCUUCCGGGUAAAGUUGAUCGACUUCGGGUCAGCAAGUAUUUUAAAUGAAGUGCGAUUUGUUAAGGAGCCGUACAUCCAAUCCAGGUUCUACAGGUCUCCUGAAAUCCUCCUUGGCCUUCCAUUCUGUGAAAAAGUGGACAUGUGGUCUCUGGGUUGUGUGAUGGCUGAGUUGUUCCUUGGAUGGCCUCUGUAUCCUGGCGAUUCAGAGUUUGAUCAGGUGUGCUACAUCUGUGAGACGCAAGGACUCCCCGGAGCCCAUCUUCUCAACGCGGCCAGCAAGGCUCAUCUCUUCUUCCAGCUCACCACCGACCGCGGAGAGAACCACUGGCAGCUCAGGUCCAACAGGCAGCGCCCCCCCUUGUCCGCAGACGGCCGUACCCAGGGGAAAGAAUCGACCGAUCGGAGGAAAUACAUCCUCUCUUCCCUGGACCAGUUGGAGACCAUGGAGUUCACGGAGCGUGACCCAGAGAACGAAGACGUGGCGGCCGAGGUGGUGGAUCGCCACAGCAUGGUCCAGCUCCUCAAGCAGAUGUUGACCCUGGACUCCCACCAGAGGAUUGGGCCCUCCGCCGCCUCCCAGCAUCCCUUCAUCAGCAUGCAGCACUUGCGCGUGUAUCCGGACUACAGCAGCUACUGCGAGAAGGCCACUCAGGCCGUCCGCUCCGCCCUGAUUCUGGACACGGCUCCGGAUAAAGACGGCUUUUGGUUUUCUCGCCCACCGAAUGCAGGCGGGGGCCAGCGGUACCUGUACGCCAAGGAGGAAGAAUCCCCCCAACGAUGUCCCCAGGAUCGACACCACCAUGACCGCAGGGGGGUCCAUUCACCGUCCCUGGGGUGCCACCAGCCUGACUCCGCCACAGAGCUGAUGGAAGGCUUCAUGAAAGGCCUGUGCGUUGUGGAGGAGGCCAGCCUGGAGGCCAUCACAGGGGCAUGGGCAAAAGAGGACACCCAGAACGGCCCCUCUCCAUCCAGUUUGGCGGAGCCCUCAGGUCUCCAAGCCAUCCUGCGGUCCGGUAACAGGGAUGCCGAACCGGAGACAGAGCAGAGCAGAGAGGGCCCAGACAUCGGCUCCAUGCUUGCCUGCUUCACCAGGCCGUGUCAACGCCCCCGGCAGCCUCCGGCCAGGUCCUCAAAGUCUGAUCCCACCCCAGGGUGGGGCUGCGCAUCUGGGCCCCAGGUGAGGAAUGCAGAGGAGCCCAAAGGCUCCAGUCCAUUUUACGGGGACUCAGUCACUCAACGGGAUCUUACCGAGUCGAGGAAGCGGGACCAGGAAGAGCAGGCCGCUUGUCACUAUGAGAGCUUGGAGGAAGUCCAGUUCCUCCAUUUGGAACCUGAAGGCUAUUCCUGUGACUGUGGUCAGUGGUGGCCGGCGUGGACCUCUGAUCUGGCCUACCUUGGCUACGGCCCCCCGGCCUGCUGUAGCAGUCAGCCAAAGCAGAGCCACCCCCACUGCUGA